GGCGGAAGACGAUUUGCAGCGUCGAGGGGGGAGGAGCGGGAGGAGAGAUUUGCACGGCGCCGGUAUCACUGCGCGGCGCCAGCUAGCGAUCCAAGAAUAUAGGUCGCGGCUUCGGGACCCCGUUUGCGGACAUUACAGGCGACAAAUCGGGACGAAAGCGGCGGCAAUGUCCGAGUCUCUCUACACAGCUGCGAUCGCUACCGCUGACGGCCGGCCGAAGACGGCGUUUUGCCGUCUCGGGCGCUAAACCGGGUGGGGUGAGGUCGAACAAGGGUAAUAUAUGCUAAGUUAUGUUAAUGUCAUGUCUGUGACCUACACAUGUAAAUCAGCCUGCUCUGGUUUUAUUUUUACCUCUUUGUUGGAUGCUCUAGUUUUCGGUUUGUUUUGAGUGAUUGGGAAGUCUUACUGAAUGUUAUGGUGAAAGGAUGUCGAGUAACAUGAAAGCCCAGAUAGAGGUGAUACCAUGCAAAGUUUGUGGGGACAAGUCAUCUGGUGUACAUUAUGGCGUUAUUACAUGUGAAGGAUGUAAGGGCUUUUUCCGACGGAGUCAAUCAGGUCCUGUAAAUUAUCAGUGCCCCAGAAACAAAGCCUGUGUUAUUGAUCGUGUCAAUAGAAAUAGAUGUCAAUAUUGUCGACUGCAGAAGUGCCUAGUCUUGGGAAUGUCAAGAGAUGCGGUGAAAUUUGGUCGGAUGUCAAAGAAGCAGCGCGAGAAAGUCGAGGAUGAAGUCAACUUGGUAAAGCAGCGUGGAUUAAAUGGGUACGAUCCCAUAUCCCCCCCUUAUUCUCAGCCAACCACCAACAACAACAACAACAACAGCAGCAACCAGUAUGUCACAUACCAAGAGCAAUCAUAUGCAUACACUGCACCGAAUGGUGUCACAAUGGGUUAUCCUAACGAACCUACAAAUCCAGAGUUCGUAAACACUGCUCCUACAGAUUCUACCAAUUAUACUACUGCAUCACCUGGGGGUUUACCCCAUCCUGUAGCCUUACUAAAGUCUGUUGACUUCAUGGAUGCAGUUGCAUUUGGUAAAGCUGUCACAGAAGCACAUCUUCGAACCUGCCUUUAUACCCGGGAAACAAUUGACCGAAUGCUCAAUCAACCAACAUCUCAGGAACACAUCAAACGCUAUCAGAGUUUGUCUAACCGAGAAUUAUGGAUGGAAGUAGCUGAUAAAAUUACUAUGGCAGUUCAACAGAUUAUAGAGUUUGCUAAAAUGGUGCCAGGAUUCAUGGAUUUAUCCCAAGACGACCAAAUCAUGUUGUUAAAAGCAGGGAGUUUUGAAUUAGCAUUGAUCAGGUUAUGCAGAGUGUAUGAGUCGUCGACAAAACGAGUGAUAUUUGGACCGGUAUUUUUACCGCUUAAAACUUUCUCUGCUUUCAAUGAAAUUGAACGAGCAUUACAAGAGAGGAUCUUCGAAUUUGUCGAUUCAAUGAUCUCUCUGAAACUGUCUGAAGGUGAACUCGCGCUAAUGAGUGCUUUGAUUCUCAUUCGAACAGGUCAGUUGAUAUGUUUUGGCUUUAUUUUAUUAAACUGUUCCAUCACUUUGAUUCCAGUGAAAGUACCCUACCUUUGUUUCAAUUAGUCAUUUUUGAGCUGG